GAGGAGGAAAUAACCCCGGUGCAAACCACCCCUGCAGCGGAGGGGCCCGGACUGCGGGCGCUCGGUGAUUUCCAGCCCCCGCGAGCGGCACGGGGAGCCCUGUGCCUUUAAAGCGAGUCCCCGCCCAGCAGGCUUUGGCGUCGUGCUAGCGGGCGAUGGCAGAGGGACGCCCCAAAGGCGGCGGCAACAUGGAGGGGGAGAGCCGCGAGGAGCGCCAGGCAUUCGUGGCCCUGCACGGGGCGGCGCUGGGCGCCUCGGGGGUGCCCGCGCUGUACUGGGAGCGCCUGCGGCACAAGCUGGAGAACGAGGUGUUUGAUGCUGGUGAGUUUUUUGGAAUAAUGCAAGUAGAGGAGGUGGAGGAGGAAGAAGGUGAUAAUGAAGAAAUUGAAGGCGAAUUGAAAAAGAAACCAAAUCCUGGAAACGAACUCUGUUACAAAGUUAUCGUAACAAAUGAGAAUGGGCUACAAGCAGCAAACCCCAAUAGCAUUUUCCUUAUUGACCAUGCCUGGACAUACCGUGUUGAACAUGCACGCCAGCAGCUGUUGCACGUUCCCGGUCUGCUUCACAGAAUGGCAAACCUCAUGGGAAUAGACUUUCAUGGAGAGGUCGCGGAUGAGGGAGCUAUUGAGCAGGUGUUGCAAGAAAUGUGGAAAUACAACCAGACCUACCAGCUGUCUCAAGGGACUGCAGAGGAGAAGGUUCCUGUCUGGUAUAUUAUGGAUGAAUUUGGAUCCCGAAUUCAGCAUUCAGAUGAGCCUACCUUUGCAACAGCACCUUUGUUUUACAUUCCUCAGCAAAUUGCUUACACUGUUCUCUGGCCGUUAAGGGAUCUUGAAACUGGUGAGGAAGUGACUCGUGACUAUGCCUAUGGGGAAACUGAUCGCUUAAUCCGGAAGUGUAUGUUGUUGCCGUGGGCGCCUACUGAGGUAUUGGAUGUUAACUAUUCUACCCCAGAGCCAUCAGAAGAUCACUACCAGGCUAUUUUAAACGAAAACAAGGAGAAACUACCUGUUGCUAUAAAUCCACCAGUUUAUGACAAGAAUAAAAUUUUCAAGGUCUACACAGACCUUCCCCAAAUCCUCAACAACUUGAAACACCCACGUUUUGAGUUUACCGAAGAUGAGGGAGAAGCAGACAUCCUCUACAACUUUUCCCACUUCAAAGAUUACAGGAAACUAAGUGAAGAGAGGCCCCAUGUGAUGUUGAAUCAGUUUCCAUGUGAGAAUCUCCUGACAGUCAAGGAUUGUCUAGCAUCCAUAUCUAGACGAGUUGGAGGGACGGAGGGGCCAAAAUGGCUGCCUCGUACUUUUAACCUUCACACAGAAUUACCCCAGUUUAUCAGCUAUUUUCAGCAACGUGAGAGGAGGGGAGAAGACAAUCAUUGGAUAUGCAAACCAUGGAACUUGGCCAGAAGCCUAGACACCCACAUCACCAACAAUCUUCACAACAUCAUCAGGCACAGGGAAAGCAGCCCGAAGGUAGUGUCUAAGUAUAUUGAGAGUCCAGUAUUGUUUCAUCGGGAAGAUGUGGGGAUGGUUAAAUUUGACAUUCGUUACGUUGUGCUUCUGCGAUCCGUAAAGCCACUUAAGCUGUAUGCUUAUGAUGUUUUUUGGCUGCGGUUCUCAAAUCGCGCAUUUUCACUUGAUGACUUGGACGACUAUGAGAAGCAUUUUACUGUCAUGAACUAUGCUUCUGGUGUAACCUUAAAACAGGUUCACUAUGAUGAAUUUAUUCCUCUGUUUGAGAAGCAAUAUCCUGAAUAUUCCUGGAAAAGUGUGCAAGCAGAGAUUUUUAAGGCAUUUGCUGAAUUAUUCCAAGCUGCUUCAGCUAAACCUGCACCGUUUGGCAUCUGUGAUUAUCCAUCAUCGCGAGCAGUAUAUGCCAUUGACCUGAUGCUUAAGUGGGAUACUACCAGAGAUGGGAAAAGAACUAUGCAGCCUCAGGUCCUGGAGGUGAACUUCAACCCUGACUGUGACAGAGCCUGCAAAUACCACCCUACCUUUUUUAAUGAUGUCUUCAGCACCCUAUUUCUGGAUGAAACAGAUAAUUGUCAUGUGACGUACGUUGUUUAGGCCUAGAAGGCUUGACCUGGUUAUUUGUUUCCUUUACAGAUAUGCUUAACAGCAAUAUUUAUAUCUCAGUUCUAUGAGCUGCUUAUGCGACUAUUUUCCAAAAAUGGUAAUGAAGGAAAACUUUUAUCAGAUGAAUGGGCAUAUACUGCACUUGUAAUCAGUAGUCUGUGUUUUCUUGUCUUGUUUAGUUCUAAUCAUCAACUUGUGUUGACUUAAAUGUCUUAUUAAAGCCCAGAAAAGUAUAAUAGUAACUGGAGCAAUCAGCUGUUGUUUCUUAGGUAGCCUAGUAUACCUCAUUUGCAUAGCAGGAAGUGUUGUACACAUUUUCUGUGUCUGCAUUAGAAUAAUAAUUUCCUGUAUCAAAAUGUCUGAGGUCAUGCAUCAUCUCUUCCUCUCUGUGGAAUACCAUUGUCUUGCAAGCACUAAAAUGCUUUAUUCCCCAGACUGAUGUGAAGCAUCUUGCUUUAGGGUUGCAUCUGAUAACUCCAGUGAGCGAACAUUUAUGAAGCCUCUUUGUAAUAAAGUAUUGCAGCAACAUGAGAGUUAAUUUUUUUUCAAUUAAAGGUCACUAUACUUUCUCAAAAACUAGUCAGAGCUGCUGUCAUCUUUUUAAAGUUGAAUGAGGUCUAUGAAUAUAUCCCAAUCUAGUAGUUUUGGGCUGUUUAGCAUGCAUGGUAAUGCUGAAAUUAGAUGGAAACUGUAGCUUUUCUGUCACAUAUCAAACAAUUCAUUCCUUUGCCACAGCAGUUAAGAUUGAAUAUCAUCUGGCAAAAUUCUCAUUGAGGUCAAUGGCAGUCUUGCCUAUCUAAGGAUUUGAUCUCAGAUACCAAAAUGAAUAAUGAGCUAAUUGGGACUUCAGAGGGGUGGGUUAGGGGCCAUUACAAUUGCCAAAGGUCUGAAAAGACCUGGAACAGUAUUUUAUUUUGAGUAAACAAUGCAAGAACAAAGGAUCCUUUUAAUCUUUGGCAAUGUCUGUAUCAAGAGUUAUGGCUCAGAAUUUUACCCCUUCCUAAGUAGUACUGGCCAAAUUAAACUGUGUGUGCUGAGGAACAGUUAGUUCACAUUAGUAUUAUGCUUUAGCCAAACACAAGUUACACUUUUCUCAAACAAGCUAUUGGGCUCACUGUGGGGGUAACUGGGUGAAAUUUAAUGGCCUUCAGCCUAAAUGAUAUAAGUGUCUCCUAACAAACUCUAAGACUUUAACAUCUUAUGCUAAACCUUGGGGAUGUUUUGCAUCACGGAUCUCAAACUCAAAUCACCACAAGGGCAACAUGAGGACUAGUACAUUGGCCUGAGGGCUGCAUCACUGACCCAGCCCCGCCCCCACUUCACCCCUCUUGGAAGGUGCUAAGCGCUGCCAAACAGCUGUUUGGCAGCGGGAAGCGCCUGCAGGUAGGCAGAGGAGCAGGGACUCGGUGCGCUGGGAGGAGGGGAGCCUGGCGGGCCACAGGAAAUAACUCUGGGGGUGCGAAGAGCUUGGUGGGCCGCAGGAAAUAACCCCCUGGGCCGUGUGUUUGAGACCCCUGUUUUAUAUUGUAUACAUGCAUUAUUUAUUUCUUGAAGUAUUAUAGCAUUAAAAAGUGAUAAAGUUUUAUUUUUUGAUAAACAUUGUAACAAAAACUAAUCAAUUGCAGAUUUUAAGCAAAGUGUACAAAGAUACCAUUUUAAACCGUCUUAAUCUGCAGCAAUCAUAGAUAGCUUCUAGCCUUGCACUGAUAUCAAAGAAGCAAGCAAUAUAACCAGUUAUCUUUCAGCCUUCAUGUAGAAAAGGGUUGAUUAUGCCAUAGAACCUUUUUUUUUUUUUAAAAAGCAGAUCUUCCUAAUCUUCAAUCUGAAGAACUGUCUGCCAAGCACUACCACAUAAUAGUUCUGAUUUCUAAGAAGCUUAGUUUAAAGUUGCUUGAUAUACCUAGGAAACAUGGCAGUAAAGGAGAGAGGCAAUUUCAGGGCAAGAAAAUUAGUCACUGCUGGAAAUUGCCGUGGAUCUGGGGCAGGUUUAAAAGAGGAAGGUUUAAAUCCUAAUAGUGUAAGGGAGGACUGGGAAGCAUGGUCAUAAAAGAAGUAGUAAUGUGCUAGCAAUAGAGGAAAGGUAAAACUUCCUGUCCCAAGUACCUUGUACAAAAAGUUCCUGUUUCUAGUUCAGCCAUUUACAACUCUGUGCCUUCUGGUCUAAGGCUGCAACACUAAUCUUGAAGCAGCAGAAACAUCUUGUACCUGUCUCCAAGCAGCUAAAGGGGCACCAGCAGCCAGACAUCCCUCCAGGGGAGGCAGCUUGCUCUGCUAGUAGACGAGAAUACUAGCAGUCUGCUAGUGAAGCAUCCAGGUUCCAAGCAGAACAAGUUAAAGGCACUAAUUCAUCUUUCUGUGACUUCCCCCCCCUGCCCCCUUCAGGUGCUCAUUGGAUAUACUCUUUGGGCGGUGUCAUCAGUUCCUGACUGUGCUUUGGAUUUGCCGUGGUCUAUUUUUUUAGCCAAGUAUAUUACACUAGUUGCAGUGGCAAGGAAAUGGGGAGGGGAGGCAGCUUUCUUCUAGGUUGCAGCAUCCUUUUGGCUUUAGCCCUUUUAAAAAAAAAAAAAACACAUGGUGUAAGACUAGUAAGUUCCUUAUUGUUUAAUAUGUUUGAAACCUUCCCCUACCUCUCAACUAUAAUGAUCCAGGCUGCAAAUUAUAUUAUGCUCUCAAAGUUUAUAUGCACAAGUAUGGGAAUUCUUCCUCCAUAUAAGGCCUAAUCAUAAACAUUUCUAGGCACAGUGCUUUGAAGACAAGACACUGAAGUCAGUACAACAGCUGACAGGAAUAAGCACUAUGCCAAGUGGUAUAAGGCUGAAGGAUCAGGCCCGUACUGAGUAAAUUAAUGUGAGGAGCAAUAGUCUGAAAGUCAUUAAUGGACUUUCAUUUCUGGACAUAAUCAGCCCCCAAUUCACAUUAAUUGCCAGUAAUAGUUAAAAAUGCUAUCCAUUAAAUUAUUUUUUAUAUGUAAUCAACAGCGGGGGCAAUAGGAGAGGGUGCAGAUUAAACCACUUCAUUGACUGUGCUAUUAAAUUCACUCAUGCACACAUUCCAUUCGGAUUGUGUAGUAAGCCAGCAUUUGAAUGUUGACAUGAACACCACUCUGACUGUAUUUAGACGAGACCUAUUUUUAACUGUCUAAUACAGUAAGUACUUCAAGCAAUAGUAAAACAGGAUUGUAAUUUUAUUUGGGAAAUGCAUAAAAAAAAUCGUCCGCCUUGAUACCUUCUACCAGAAGGUUCUGUAUUAAGAUUGCUUCUUGUUUUUAUUGUCCUUCCAGAUGCGGUAAUUGAGCACAGAAGCCAAAGUUAACCAAGCUAAAUAAGGGAACAUCAAAUACGCUGCUCUCUUGUUGACAUGGUACCAGAUGACAGUUGUAGCUGUUGCUGCACCACUAGUGAGUAGGAGAUUGACCAACCCCUGAAACAAAAGAAGGUGGUUAGUGGUAUUUUACAUGCUGCAUUUUUGUUAAGACAGUACGUAGAUAUUUGCACAAAUUCAGACUAAACUUUUUUAUAAAGAGUUCUGAAACACAGGGGAAAGUACAUGCUUAAAAAAACUUAGAAUGCCUCUUGCUGAUACAUGAAUGUGUGCAGAGUGGGGUGAUCAGUUUGGAAAAGGAAUCAUUUGCUCUUAACAGGACUGAGCUGGCUUUGGCGACAUUUUCAUACAAAUACAGAAUAAAUGCAAAAAGCUAAAAUUAAUGCAACAUUCAGCCUGAAAUGUCAUGUUUUAAAUUCAUAGCAUUCACAUCAAUAAUGCUAAAUUAAUAAUUCUAAAAAUUCCAAAAGUUAAGUUUGUGUGUUUGAAUUUCUUUACUUCAGUAUUUCAGGGAUGGUGGAUAGGGUGGUCUCCUGCAAUUUAGGAGAUUGCUUCAAAUCCCUGCUGUGCUGCAGAUUUCUUGUGUGACCUUACACACGUUAGUGUUCCCAUUUCCCCAUUGUAAAAUGGGGAUAAUAGUGCUUCCCAACCUCACAGGGGCACUGUGCAGAUAAAUACAUUAAAGGCUCCAAGGCACUCCAUUACUAUGGCAAUGGGGUCAUGUAAGUAUCUAAGAGAGCUGUGUAGUAAAAGAACCAGCCAAGUAGUUCAUAGGGUGGUUUAUGUCAGAGACUAGCUCCCCCGCCCCCCCCCCAGGACAGCAGAGAAUAAUUAGUACUAUCUAAAAUUGACACUGAAUUACGAGUCAUCUCAUAGUAAAUGAAUUUUCACAAGAACUUGUCUAAAGGACCCCUAGGAACUUUACCUUGGCAUAGCUGUAUUUACUUUAGUUACAUGAAUUAUAACUUCUGUUAACAAAGGGUUGGAAAAACACACAAUUGAGAGCUAAUAAUGUAAUGACACUGUAGAUAAAUUAUGCAUAAUCUCGUAUGACCAUAUGAGUAAUAAGGGAAUUUAAAAAAUCUCCUACUUAAGCCAAUUGUUACUUUCUAUAUGUACCAAAGUUCAUUUUCAGAAUAAAAAAUUCCAAAGUCGGUACCUUGUAACUGACGAUGUAAGGAUACGAUGAGACUUUAAAUGUCAAUAUUACUUUACACUUACCCAUCCUAUUUUGUGAGCUCCAAAGAAUAUGGGAGUCCAUGCCCAAUUUAAUGCCAGCUGCCCUGCAUACAGCCCAAGUGGAACCAUUGACUCUUCAUUGAAACCUCCCAACUCCUUCCAUACCAAGUAAGAACCAUAUCUGAAUAAAAUGAACAUGACAAUACAAGUACUCUGGCAAAUUAUACAAUAUAAUACGUAGAUAAUUAUAAACACAUACUUUGGCAAACUAGGUGACUUUCAUAGGUAAGGCAAGAAAAUUUUUCAAAGAAGUCUGUGACUUAGGAGUCUCCAUCUUAUUUUCAAAAGUCACUUAAGAGUCUAAGUGCAUUCACUUGCAAGAGACUUAGGCUGCCAAGUGACUUUUGAAAAUAGGAUGGAGUAUCAUAAGUCAUAGUUUUGGGCUAGAAUCCAAAAUUGAAGUGCUGAUUUAUUGUGGAACCUUCAAUAUGUGGUUUUCACACCCCUAUGCUAUUCAGGCAAAAUGAGAGAGUACAUGGUACUGAACCAUCCAAUAAAAGAAGU